GCACAUCUUGGGUGCAGUUACCAACCUGACUGGUUGCUUGUGAUCUAGAUGUUCAGAAGAGUUUCUUUGUGAUUUGGCUUUCAUUUUGUCAUUUAAUGAAACCCCAGAAGGAAAUGACUGAGGCGGAGCCAUUGGUGUAAUGCGGACUGGGUUUUUGAUUGACUCAUCUGUUUAGUCUUGACAGAAGGUUGUACUUCGCGUGGGGUCAUGCUGUUGGAAUUUUACACGUUUGUUUAACUUGAUUAUAGUUACAGACGCGCGGGUUGCCUUCGUUACGUUUGACACACGAAGACCAAAGGAUUUGCAAGGAGGCCAGAGAAGGGGAAAAGAGAAGUUUAUUUUAAGAAUUUAAAGCUGACUCCAUUAAUUAUUCUUUUUCCAAUAUUCUGUGUGAAAAAUUCAAUAAACAUGGAGUGCUAAAAUCCACAAAGGGGGUGUCUUUAUUUUGGGAGAGAAUUCUGAAUUAAAAUUGAUCUCGCUUAACAUUACCAGGGAAAACCAGAGAAGUUUUUUUUUCUUUUUUUGUUCGAUCAUCUUAAAACUGUUAAAGCAUUGAGUGUUUUUACCAAAAUCAGUGGGACUUGCAUUACAGAAUGUGCAGAAGAGCUAAGAGUCUCCUGCUGUGUUACCAAGACACUGGUUUUAAAAAAGAAAAACAAAUUAGUUGGAAAACUCCAGGUAGUUAUCAAAUUUCUAAUUUUUUAUUUAGAUGCUAUGUUCUAAAGUGAUUUUUAAAAAAUACAUCUUGAAAAAUAAAGUGGCCAAAUCUCAUGGUAAGCCAGUGUCUGCAUAUAUAAGUGAUAAAAUGAAAAGCAGCUGGGCUAAAGGUGUGCUGACAAAGUCGAACAUGCCCGUUAAUGCUACAGGUAGCUAAUACUCAGUGUUUUUUGAGGUGCCCUGUUUUAUUUAUACUCUGGCAUAUGACAAGGAGUAGUUAUGGUCUUUGAGACCAGUUUGCUGCUGUAAGAAAAUGAAACAAAUUGUAAGGCAAUAGUUGCUGAUUCUCAACAAUUUUGUUUUCAGUCUGUUUGGUGUUAUUUCCUGUUGGUACCUUUGAGGGUUUGUUAGCGUAAUGGAGAAUUUAAACUGAAAUACAUCCUGAUUUCAGACAACUGAGAUCUUGGUAGCAGACUGGGGUGAGUAGGUGACAUGUACAUAAAUUAAGUGUAAAUCAGAUUAUUCCAUAGUUUCUCCAUCAGUUCAGAAUUCUCUCCCAGAUAGACACCCCUUUUCUUGUCCUUGCACUAUGGAAGUCUUACAAAAUCCUUUCAUGAUGAACUUGAUCCGCAAUGGUGCGCCUGUGGACUUGCACUAUGACUAUUCCUCUGAACUGUUUCGUAUCUCCACCUUUGCUAAGUUCCCUGCUAAUGUUGGUGUUUCAGAGAGAAGCCUAGCUCGUGCUGGGUUUUAUUACACCGGUAUUGGUGAUAAGGUGCAGUGCUUCCUCUGUAACAUUACUUUGGAAAAUUGGCAGCCUGGAGAUUGCCCAGCUGAGAGGCACAGACGACAGUCCCCCAGCUGCACUUUCAUUCAAGGUAUACCUUCCAGUGCUAGUCUUCUUUCUUCUUCACACUCUGCAUUUUCUCCACCUGUGCAAAGCCUUUCAGCUCUUCAGACAUCCACUUCUCCUCCAUCAAUCCAAAUAGAAGAGUUGAGCUAUUUCAGUCACACAUUUUCUAGCAUGCCUUUGAGGAGUCUUGAAGAUUUGUGUCACCGCAGUAACCUCUCUUCCAACCUUAAUAUGCGUCGUGAGCAAGACCGAUUGGACACUUUCCAAAACUGGAAUGUAAGCAACAUAAUGCCUUCAGAAUUGGCCAAGGCAGGAUUUUACUAUACAGGACAGAGUGACAGGGUAAUGUGUUUUUCUUGUGGCGGAACUUUAAGUAACUGGGAACCUGGUGAUAGAGCAGUUGUAGAGCACCAGAGGCACUAUCCUCAGUGUCGCUUCAUGAGAGGAGAGAGAACAGAGAAUGUUCCUCUUGCACCCCUAUGUGUGUCUAACCCUGUCAUGCAGCUUUAUGAAGAACGAUUAGCUACUUUCAUCAACUGGCCAACAAGGAUUCCUGUACGCCCUGACCAACUAGCAAAAGCUGGUUUUUACUAUGUUGGUCGUAAUGAUGACGUCAAGUGCUUUUGUUGUGAUGGUGGACUUAGAUGUUGGGAAUCGGGUGAUGAUCCUUGGGUUGAACAUGCUAAAUGGUUUCCGAGAUGUGAGUACCUUCUUCAAGAAAGGGGACAAGAUUUCGUGCACCAGAUUCAAGCCAGGUUCCCUCGUCUUUUUGAACAGCUCCUUUCUAAUGGUGAUAACAAUUCUCGUGAGUUCUCAGAUCCUCCAGGAUUUGAAGAGGAGAGGUCUGAAGAUGCAGUUAUGAUGAAUACACCAAUAGUUAAAGCAGCACUUGAGAUGGGAUUUGAGAGAAAUCUUGUAAAGCAAACUGUCCAAAGCAAAAUCUUAGCUACAGGAGAAAACUAUAAAACUGUCCAGGAUCUUGUUACUGACCUGCUUAGUGCUCAAGAUGAAAAAAGAGAAGAAGAAAAUGAACGAAUUGCAGAGGAAAUGGCUUCAGAUGGAUUUACCUUCUUGAAAAAGCACCGUGCUGCACUGACUCACCGUCUUAAAAGUGUUAAAAGUUUAAUGGAACAUUUGCUUGAGCAAUCUGUAAUUUCCCCAAAGGAGUACGAAGCCAUCCAUAGUGCCUCCUCAGACAAACAACAGACAGCGCAGCUUAUUGAUGUGGUUCUUUCUAAAGGAAAUGCAGCUUCUGAAGUUUUCAAAAACUGGAUCCAGAAAAAUGAUGUUUACUUGCUGAGGGAGUUAAUGGCACAAACGAAUGAAUCAUUUUCACCAAGUCAAGAUAUAUCAGAUUUACCCAUGGAGGAACAGUUACGAAGGCUACAAGAAGAGCGUACCUGUAAAGUUUGUAUGGACAAGGAGGUCAAUAUAGUUUUUAUCCCUUGUGGACAUUUGGUUGUUUGUAAAGAGUGUGCACCUUCAUUACGCAAAUGCCCAAUUUGUAGGAGUGUUGUUAAGGGUACUGUACGCACAUUUCUGUCUUAGACUGAUUAAUAUUACACGAUGAAAUUUCUUACUCUUUGCCAUUAAAAUCCAUCCAUGUCCACCAGCACUUUGGAAAUGUUGUGGGAAAGUUUUAAGUAAACAUUUGUUCAGUGUUUAAAUGCUACAUUCAGAUGUUAAAUUACAAAAUUAUACAAAAUGCCUAUCUGUGGAAUAAAAUUUUUGCACAUUUCUGUAUCUUGCCUUUAAGUAAACAUUUGUUCAGUAUUUAAAUGCUACGUUCAGAUGUUAAAUUACAAAAUUAUACAAAAUGCCUAUCCGUGGAAUACAAUUUUUGUACAUUUCUGUA